GUUUCCAUCAAAAAAUGUUCUUUGAUGAGCUCUGAGCCACACACUUUAUAUAUAUGAGACGCGGUGACUUCUCGUGAAAUCUCGCGAUGGCUGACUCAGACGAGAAUACAACACGGAAAACAUGACGUCUUGUCAACAACACUAACAAGUCAUGAACAUACAUUGUUAACAGACAUGCCACAAAAUAGCCACUAAAUAGCCACCCAGCCAUCAGUGCCCACAUCCCACCGUCCCCAUGACAACCCCUCCUCUGGCCCAGUUCCCUGCGCAACAGGCUCAGGCAGCUCGGGAUGUGAACACAGCCUCGCUCUGUCGGAUCGGACAGGAGACGGUGCAGGACAUCGUCUUACGAACCAUGGAGAUCUUUCAGCUGCUGAGAAACAUGCAACUGCCGAAUGGAGUCACCUAUCAUCCCAACACUCAUCAGGACCGGUUGGGGAAACUGCAGGAGCACUUGCGGAUGCUCUCUGUUCUUUUUCGCAAGCUCCGUCUCGUCUAUGACAAAUGCAAUGAGAAUUGUGCUGGUCUGGACCCCAUCCCUCCUGAGCAACUUAUCCCAUAUGUAGAGGAUGAGAGUUCUAAACUGGAUGACCGAAUGGCCAAUCAAAUGCGUGCAACCAGCGAAGAGAGAAGAGAAGUACUGGAAGUAAAUAAGAAACUCAAACAGAAGAACCAGCAGCUGAAGAUGAUCAUGGACCAGCUCAGAAACCUCAUCUGGGAGAUCAACUCCAUGCUGGCUGUCAGGAGCUGAAACACACACUCACACACACAUGCGUGUGCAGUCAUACACUGUUGUGCAUAGACUGCUGGUAUUCCCUGCAUUCGUGAGCUCUGUCUUCAGCGGGACACGCAAGAUAGAUGCAGGAAAGAGCAGCGAGCCACAAAAUUGAGAGAAGGUAGGAAGCGAAACGAGGACUGGACUGAAGAAAUUCUGCUACAUUCAUAACACACGGUUGAAAUACCAUUCGUUUCAGCUGUCUUGGUUUCAAUUUUCAACGUGAUGAACAUUAGGUCUGAGCAGUCUUUCACUCAGAUAUGCUUUAAAAUUAGCCUUUUACGCAAGUAUACUGCUCAUAUUUUGCAUGCGCGAUGGCUCCUAUUUAAGGUUAAACUGUGUAGUAUAGUUAUAGUUCAGUCGUAACUUGCAGAAAAAUAUUGUAUGAAUAAAUAUGGCAUACUAGUGUGGCGUUAAUUUAUCUAUUAUGUAUGAACGUAUAUACCAAUGCUAUUAAAAAAAAUUCAAGAACAAA